UUCACUGUGAACUUUCUAGUUUCCUGAACUUCUUGUUGCAUCAUAUAAUAAUAAUGAAGAAUCUCCUCAUGACCCAGAUGGCGUUUGUCUUGUAUGGAAUAUGAAAUUUAAGAAAACAACUCCAGAAUAUAUAUUUCAUUGCCAGUCUGCUGUGAUGUCAACAUGUUUUGCCAAAUUUCAUCCAAAUUUAAUAAUUGGAGGAACUUAUUCUGGUCAAAUAGUUUUAUGGGACAAUCGGAGUAAUAAACGCACUCCAGUUCAAAGAAGUCCAUUGUCUGCAAGUGCACAUACUCAUCCUGUAUAUUCUGUUCAAGUGGUUGGAACAGAAAAUGCUCAUAAUCUUAUAACAGUUUCUACUGAUGGAAAAUUCCGAACUUGGAGUUUAGAUAUGUUAUCAUCUCCUAUAGAUUCUAUGGAAUUGAACCAACAAAAACAAUCUCGAGCAGUUGCAGCAAGCUGUAUAUCAUUUCCUACUGGUGAUUAUAAUAAUUUUGUUGUGGGAAGUGAAGAAGGCAUUCUUUAUGCAGCUUGUCGUCAUGGCACAAAACCAGGAAUUGUAGAUGUUUUUGAAGGCCAUCAGGGACCAGUGACUAGUGUAAAUAUGCAUCAUGUUCAAGGUCAAGUAGACUUCUCACAUUUAUUUUUAACUUCUUCCAUUGACUGGACUGUUAAACUUUGGAGUUUAAAGGAAAACAAACCAUUGUAUUCAUUUGAGGAUAAUGGUGACUAUGUAUAUGAUGUACAAUGGUCACCAAUACACCCUGCUUUAUUUGCAUCUGUUGAUGGAAUGGGAAGGCUUGAUUUAUGGAAUCUGAACAAUGAUACAGAGUUGCCUACUGUAAGCACUAUUGUGGAUGCAGCAUCUGCAUUAAAUAGAUUGAUGUGGGCUCCUUCAGGUCAUCAGGUUGUUGUAGGUGAUGAUGUAGGAAAAAUAUGGGUUUACGAUGUAGGAGAGCAACUUGCAAAUCCAAAGAGUGAUGAGUGGUCACAAUUUGUACAAACCCUGCAAGAAUUAAAAAAUAAUCAAGUGGAUAAAAACAUAGAUCUGAUGUAUACUCUGUCAUCAUCUCCAUCACCUAUUCGCUAAGCAUCUUUCAAUGAAUCUGAUUUUUCUGAAAGUCAAAUGUUAAUUCAGUGCCUUGUUUACUCAUACUCUGUUUAAUUAGAUUUAAAUUGUUUAUCAGUUGGACAAUGAUUGUUUGCAUUUAUUGAAAUUACUGUCAUUAAAAUUUUGAAUGAAAAAAUAUUUAUUUAUAAUUAUAAAAAUUCUACAAUGGGUGGCCAAUUGAUAAAAUUCAAAUAAUUGCAAAUAAUUUUUUG